ACGGAGCAAAGAAAGAGAAGAGAGGGAGAUAUAGAGAGGCUAGGCAACGCGACGAGAAGCACCGAGUGAUCGAAGGAGGAACGAAGCGAGGCUUUGGUGGGACGUCGCGAGAAACGAGGAGUAAAGAGAGCGAUAAAGAAAGAAGGAACGAGUGGUGGUGCAUCGAGAAAGAGAAGGAGAGAAUAGUAGGGGAUUCGGUCGGUCGGCAGGCUUGGCUGGUGCGUCAGUCAGGCUCGAGACACCCGCGAGAACGGAGCGGUGGUUGCCUCCCUUAUUCGGUACGUACAUUCAAUGUGUCCCCUCCAUCACCCCCUGCCUACCUAACAGGAGUCUCGUCUAUCGAGGCAGUGUCGCGCAGAGUGUCGUACGAGGAGUAUAUUGGUCCGCCUGUUCGCAUCCCUUCUUCGCAGACCGGUGUUUCGUAUUUUCUAUUCGCAACCCCCCACCCCCACCGUGUUUCGAUUUGUGCCGCGUACGAACCAAAUUCAUCGGUGGAGCUACGUACCAGAGAGACCGGCCAACGAUCGAAACAGCGUGAAAGGAAAGCAGGAGUUGCCGCAGGAAGGAAUCGGAGGAGUUUCUGCCGAUAAGACCGGCCAAGAAUCCCCUAGAAAGAAGCGAAGAUAGUGGCGGAUACGCUACGCUAGCGGUCGAGUGUCCACGGUGCGACUGUCCGACGAUCCAGGCGCACCAUAAUGGCGGAGGUGGCGACCAAGAAGUCGAUCAAUGUCGUAAGUAGCAAAAAGAGCGAGGUGUGUAGUGUUCAAUCUAACAACGGUUUGAUCCAGUUGGAUAACUUAACCGCGAGUAACAAGCAACUAAUCUCGUUGUGUGACAACAACGACGACGAGGACGACCUAAUCCUGACUAACAACACGCGUAACGAGUUGGACACAGACGACAAGAGUCUUCAAGAAUUAAUCGAGAGCGAGCUAGCCUUGAGAAUUUGCUCCAGCACCGAAGAGGAGGCCGGUAUCGAAUCGGACGAGCAACAAGAAACGAUGAACCAGCCAGAAGCGGUCAAGAGGAUCGUCUUGGAUAUACAUCAGGAGGAGGACGUCCUCGACGUAAACGCGAAAUUCAUCGUGGCGGAAACGGAACAUUCCGCGUUGGUGGACAAGUCGUACAGUUAUCAAAACGGUCACAUGUCACCGGAGACUAAAAUUUCGAAUUCUUCGUACGAGGAAAACGUGAAGCCAGAACCGAUCACGGUAGGUUUCCGGGACGAGGAGGAGCAGCAGCAGCAGGAGGAACAGGCGUUCGACGAGCAGUCGGAAGUUGGCAGCACGAUAUUGGUCGAAGAAACAACGACUCGUGAGAUCGAUCAGCUGGCGCGUGACACGUCCAACGAUGGCAAAUUCCCGCAAAACGAGGACGACGAAGACCCGCGUCCAAAUUAUCCCGUCCUUCGACCCACGGAGGCCACCGAGAGGCUAUCGGAAGUGACGACUACGACCCAGGAAUCCUUCGAGUCACCUUACGAACACGAGCAAGACCAGGUAACCAGAACCGUGUCUGCGAGUUACGUGGACAAGUACCAACAGGAGCAAGAGGUUCAGGGUAUGAUCUUCGAAUCCAUGGAAGCAGAUAUCGUGAAAGACGCUGUAACGAUGGAAGAGAGCCGUUCGCGGAAGAGAGACACGACAGACACGUGGUCAGAGCAGACGAUCGAUACGGAGGAUCGACAAACUGGUCAGUUUUCUGAUAAUUUCGAUCAGUCCUUGUGUCAGGAGGACGUAGAGCCUCGUACCACCGAAGAAUUCGCCAAAGAAACCGUACCGGAGAAUAAGAAAUUAGCUGAUACUUUCGAGCUUGCAGACACUGAGCGUGACAAGGAAAGGGAGGAGGUGAAAGAGUUCUCGGUGGACAAGGAGUCGAAGGUAUCGGCGAACGAUAAAUCUUCCUCCUCGAUGGAGGAGAAAAUUCCCGAAGAUGUCGAGGAACUAUCCGUUCCAGGGAAGCUGAUCGAGGAAUCGGAAGAAGAGGCCCGUGGCACGCCGACGAUGCAGUUCAGAAGCUUCGACGACGUAACAUUGAGUCACUCGGAAAGCUCGGCAGAUGCAGCUAGUACUCAGGAGUUCCUGGACACGGAACGUCGAGUGCUAAGCGAAGAAAAUUGCGACCAAUAUCUUCAAGAAGAUAUUCAGGCUCGCGAGACCCUGUCGACUGAAAAGAUCGAUCCUCCGAUUGGGAAUUUGCUGGAGGAGGAGGAGGAGGAGGAGGAGGAGGAGGAGGAGGAGGGGGAAGGGCAAAUUAAGGAGGAAGAAACGAAAGAGGAAGCAAACGAUAACAUGGACGAGCAAAACGCGAUAACGGAAUCGUCCAGCGAACUGUCCGUAUCGGAACCCACUUUCAUCGAGAAAACAGAAGUGGUGAUAUCCGAAAGCAGCGUGAAGAUAGUCUCCGAGACGCAGUGCCUCGAGAUCGACAACGACGCGGAACCAGUCAACGAGGAACAACUUCGGAACCACGAGCUCGAGUCACCGGUUCGCGCACCUCUUGCAACCCCCGACGACGAGACCAGCGACGUUUCUAACGUGGGUGACAGCGAAAGCCGAGAGGAAACGAUAACAACGAGCACGAGCGUGGUAACCUCGCCGGGCACGAAGGUUGGCACCAAGACGAAGAAGAAGAAGAUCGAGGGCGUCGCCGGUAACGAUGCCUCGCCGAAUCUCACUCCUCGCACAAAGAAGACCAAAAAGAGCAAGAAGAACGAGCUUGAAAAGGAGAACAUCUCUGUGAAUUCUAACUUGCAAGAGCCGAGCAUGCACCCCGGUCCCCGGCAGACGAACCCGGAAACCUUUGAUUUCUCCGACGAAGACGAUCUAUCGAACGUGAACGUGAAAUCUCUGACACAGAAUUAUGUAUCGGAGGCGACUCGAAACGAGCAAGAUCGAUGUACGAAGGAAAAGAUCGCGACUGGCGUGUCGAUCAAACAGUUGUGUCGUAGCUUUGGCGACAUCUCGAACAUGAGCGACGGCGAUCAGACUGCGUACGGGAAAACCAAUCACGCCAUGGACACCGAAGAGAAAGCAAGGUCGCUGGGUGAUCUGCGAGUAUGCGAGAAGGGUUACUCGAAGUUCACCAAAGACGCGCUAGUCUUCACCGGGGUGUCGGUCAAGGCCCUCAGGGCUUCCUACUGUAGUUUGGCAAACUUAACGAGCGAGGGUAAGGACACGGAUCGACCGAAGCUCGAGAAGUCGAGCUUCAAUAAAUUCGACGCCCUCAGCAAGAAGACGGUGCUGCAUGUGCGUUCGAUCGACGCGGGCAAAGUGCAACAGCAGCUGAACGCCGUGGGUCAAAACGGCGACACGAAUCCCAAUUGCCGUAGCUGCGGCAAGGUCGUCUUCCAAAUGGAACAGACAAAGGCCGAGGGUCUAGUUUGGCACAAGAAUUGCUUCCGGUGCGUGCAGUGUAGCAAGCAGCUUAACGUGGACAAUUACGAGAGCCACGAGAGCACGCUUUACUGUAAGCCACACUUCAAGGAACUCUUCCAACCGAAACCGGUUGAAGAGUCCGACGAGCCUGUGCGACCUCGAAAGCCGGAGCUGAUCAUACGGGAGAACGAGCCGAAAGAGCUGCCGCCUGAUGUGGUCAGAGCCUCAGACAAACCGGACCUGGGUCUCGAGGAGUUGUCGAGCCUGAACGUGAAGUCCCGGUUUCAAGUGUUCGAGAAGGCCGGUACGGAGACCAACGAGAUCGAAAGGUCGCCGUCGCAGAUCGCUGUCAAGAGGUCUCCCAGUAUCUUAAGCAAGCUCGCCAAAUUCCAAGCCAAGGGCAUGGAUAUCGGAGUAGCGGACGAAUCUCUGAAUGGGAUCCCUUACGAAGAGUCGAGCGAGAGCGAGGAGGAUGAAGAAGCGGAGGAAACGGAGGAGCUGGACAACGAGAUCGUGAAGGCGAAACGCGCGACCCGCGAGCGUCCCAUCAGCUUCACAAAAAUGGACGACAUAAAGAAUCGCUGGGAGACGACCAGUCAGCAAGGGAGACGCGAAGUUCAGCGAGAGGCGAGGAAGGAGGAGAUCGCUGGAAUUCGUUCGAGAUUGUUCAUGGGCAAACAGGGUAAAAUGAAGGAGAUGUAUCAGCAAGCGGUAGCCGGAAGCGAACGCGUGACGAAGAUCAAUGCGGCCGAAGAGAUCCAACACUCGACCCACGCUCGUUCCAUCAAAGAACGAUUCGAACGAGGCGAGCCCAUCGCUGCGUCCGACGACGAGACGGACAGCAAACCGAAACCGGAGAAGGCUGACGAGGAAGUGAUCGCAGCAGGGAUCAGCAGGAAGUCUCGGUCGCUGUUCCUCGAACUGGACGCCACGGCGGCGAAGACUGGGCGACCGGUGACUCCGGUGAAUCCGAAGACACCGGCCGAAGCCCCACGACGUGCCAGAGACGCAUUCAUGGGACGACAAGUCUCGGAUGACGUGGUGCGCAGCUCGGACACCACCGAGGAAGUUCAGGUGGAGACCUCGGACAUUUCGAAUAAAUUCAAAUUUUUCGAGUCCUACAAGGAACCGGAAAAACAACGCAAGCAGUUCCGAAUUACCCCUCCGCGCGAUGGUCAAGUUAAGAUGGACUCCCCGGAACGUGAGAUCUAUCGUGACCCGGACGUAGUCAGAGCUGAAGACAGGGUAAACGAAGUGGUGCACACGGACACCGCCAGAAAGAUGCUGUCGAUCUUCCGGCAAAUGGAAGAGAACGCGUGCAAGAAAGAGCUUCCAAAUGGACCCAAACCUUUGAAGCGUUUCACACCACCACCAGAGGACAAAUACGCAAAACCAACAGCCUCAGACUCCGAAGAGGUAGAGGACGAAGAUGGUGACGAGUCUGAAGGCGAAGACAGCACCGAGGAAAGGGAUCCAAACUACGUACGAGCUUCCGACAAGGUAGAAGACGAGUUUCUGAAGCAAGCACAGAACGCAGCCCGCGCAAAAACCUUGUGCGCGAAAUUCGAGCAUUGGGAAGAAACGGACGGAAAGACGACGUCGAGUAAUCAACAUAUCGCAGAGAUGGAAAUUGCUCAAAACACCACCGGAGAACAGCAGAGCAUAGAGUCUGCCAGCAGUCUGAGAGCCCGUUUCGAGUCGCUCGGCUCGCAAACGAACGAGUCGCCGCGCACACCGAAGGUCAAAGUCAAUCGAUUCGUGUAAAUGGUGGAGCGGAAAUGGAGGAUCGAUACGGCCCAAGAGGAUGGACCGAGGAGCCUGAGAAAAAUGGAGCGAAUAGAAUUAAAGGAUACGCGAAACAAGCACACGAUUACACACACAAUGUGGAUCACGAAUUCGUAGAAAUCUUGCGCUGCAAUGGAAAAAUGACAGUCGACAGCUUCGUUGUUCGGAUCAUUGUGCGAUUUUUACGUUUUUUUAGAAGUCUUUUUCUAACAAAGCGUUCUGUUAGUGAAUCUAGCGUAGAUUGUAUCAUAUUGUAUCGUAUUAUCGCGAGAGGCAACGAACGAAAGAUAUCGGAUACGUCGAGCACACCGCGUGCGUUAAAAGAAAAACCUAGGCCUGGCGAAGUAAUUUAAGCGGAUCAAUCGAUGGAAUUGAAACUCGUAAUUAUUUUAAGCGUCGCCUGUGUUCCGUAGUUACCUGUGCGCUCCGAUCCAUGUGCUCGACGUGUCCAUGAAAUAAUUCACGAUCGUUUUAACGCUCUCGCUAACUCGUUUCCCCGCCGCAUGAACGUGUCGUUGCCACUCGGUUACCAAGUGGCAUUCUUCCAGUCAACCUUUUACACGAAACGAUAUACUUUUCGACGGAUAUACGAAAGUUUGUACGACAGAAAUAUGUACGUGGCCAGUGAUAUUCUAUCUUCGAUGCAGGUAGAGGCGAGAACAAUAGCAACGAAACAUUUAUAUAUUUCGUAUCGCGUGCCAAACGGAGGUUGGAAUUGCAUCGUUAGAUCAGUUGUUGCUAGUCCAUUUUUAAACGAAUGAUCGAAGCGUAGCAUUUAUUGAUCUUAUAAGGAAACGAUAAGUAUCGAUUUUAGCCGCUAGUUUCUCAUUGAUUUUGCACUUUGCCGAUGUUCAUGUACAGUUGUAAGCGAUAGCUUACGUGUCGUAAGGAACUUUGUUUCAACGUUGUUUUAGGAAAUCACAAAUGGGUGCCAAAUUUAUUCAAACGACGGCUAUUUCUAUCUUGUCUACCUGCAUCGUUUAGAUUUUCCACGCUUAACCGACAUUCUCAUUUUUUGCCAGUGCCAAGAGAAAAUCAGAGGCGAUAGGAUAAGAAAGUCGAAGACCUUAGGAAAGAGGGCCUUUGAGAAUCGUAACGAACACUUUUCAUGACAUUUUGGGAAAGAUAUCUGUGCCGUUUCAUCGCGUGUACUGUAUCAGUGCGAUCUAAGUUUCGAAUGAAACGCGGUAAGCAGCCAAUUCGCAACAGGAAACCUGCAAAUACAAAUUCGAAGCAUCGAAUCGAGAGAUUAAGAUUGCACCGUAGAAUCAAGAUCCGAGCUAGACUUAUUUAGAAUCUACGAGCUUUUCGACUGCUUUACAGAGUUUCGAGUCUUUUUACAGCAUGUCGCGCGGUAGAUUGUCAUCGCUAUCUACCGAUAGAAAUGAUCAGAGAACGAAAAAACUAAUCACCGACUCAUCGUUGCCUGGAACUCGACGGAUCUUCUCACUGAUACGUCCCAAAAAAUCGUAAUAUCGUUUUUACAAAGAUAAAUUUACAUUAUAUAUACAUUUGUACGUAUUUAUGCGACAAAAGUUUAGUAUAAUACGAUUAGCUGCCUGCGAGUCCUUUUGCAUAAUCGAACCAACGUUAUUCUUACAAUUUGUCGAGCUACAAGUAAUAAAUUUCCAAUAUGAAUAAAUUUUCUUAAAUCGAUGACGUUAUUCCACCAAAUUCGAUCAUCGAAGAAACAUUUCAUACGCAUAUACAUAAUAUAGUAGUAUUACGUUUCGUAAUAAACUAAAUGAAAUAUUACAGGUGAAUUUCGCUAGCUAGAAAUCAUCCGAUUAUCAGAAAAUAGUCAAAUCGUAAAAAACAAAUCCACGAUCUACGACUCUCUUCUCUUAUCCAUCGAUGCUAUUGGUUAAAUAAAAAAGUGUUGUGCAAAGGGACUCUAAUGAUCGAACGCUUGCAUUCAAAGGGUUCACGUACUAUUGCGAAGGUUCCAAAAUUGGUGAAGAAUUUUCCAGAUUUUCCAGUGCAACGAGAGAAUCUGAAAAAUCGAACGUCAGAGCUUCGUUCCUUACGUAAGAGAUAAACCGACCUCGAGUCUCACACGAACGUUAUCGAAUAGGCUUUUUAUAUAAUUUUUAUAAUGUUCGGUCGAUGAACGAUACUAGGGAGCCUCGUCGUAGCCGUUAGGGUUAGGGUCUUCUACGAUGGCAUUACGCGACGAAGGUAAAAAAGAAAGAGAAGAAAGAAAAAAGAAAGAAAGAAAGAAGGAAAGAGAGGGCAAAUAUUAAUUCCUUCACCAUUGCCAACGCGGGCGCACAGUACGCAUUCAUAUACGUAUACAUAUAAAUAUAUAUAUGUUUAUCAUAGAAGAACGACGUGUAUCGAAUCCCCCAUGAUCUAUUUAGACGAGCGCACCCCAUUCAGAAGGAGAAAGGGAACAGCCCCUGAAAUUGAUUUCGAUCGCGUUGGGAACGAGACGUUGGCACAUGGCGUUUCAUUCGUCGAUAUUCUAAUGGUAUUUUCUGGAUGAAAUUGCGUUUAAGUUAGUCUGUUAACCAGGCCAUUCUUUGACCAGUAACUCGUAUAAUUAAACGUUGACAAAUACGAAUCAAUUGCAAUAGGAUCGGCUUUAAUCUUUGCACGAAUGUAAAUAUUAUAUAUUUUAUUUUGAACAAAAACGAAGCAACAAGUAAAAACGUAAGGAAAGAUUGUUGAUUCAAACGACGAAUUAAUUCGUCUUCCUCGGUUAACAGGUUAUCGAUCUCGGUAGACUGGCGAGAAAUGACGGUGGAAACAGGGCUUAAUUUUCUAAUUCUUGGUUCGCGCGUACGCCACAGGAAUUGCAACGAGAGAGAAUGAAAGCGCGAGAGAGAAUGCGAGAGAGAAAACGGCGAAUUAACAGUGAAAACCGAAUCGAAGUACAAUUUCGGGGUUCUCUCGAAACCUAUUCCUUUUUCUUCCUACGUCAAUCAGAGGAUGUCGAAGGAGGUGCAAUGUUUUAGAGGCAUUAGCGAACUUUUUUUAAAUCAAAAACAAACUUAAGUAUUAUAAUAGAGAGAACAAGAUCGAAAAGGUAUAUAUAUUCUCUACGCGACUUGGUAUCUCCUAUCCUUCGUUGAUGAUAUAUCGAUCGAGGGAUUCUCUUAAUCGACGAUGAAAUUUAAGUGCAAUAAUUUUAAGGGUUGUCGAGAACGAAAACACGCAAUUGUUUGUUGUUAAUCGGCGAGAGAAAUAUUUAUGUAAGCAAUUAGUUAAUCGAUCGAUCGCUUAAUUCUUUCACGGCCUACUAUGCGAUGAUUUUCACGUGUAGACUUUCGUUGCGUCUUUGGAUUGUAUAAUUUUUAGCGAGGUAUCAUAUUCUUGUUCUUUACCUUUCACGUGUAACAAUUUAUUACGACCAUAUUACAAAUGAUAAAUAAAAAAGGCACAUCCUGAAAUGAAAAUA